AUGGUGGACGUCACUGUGCUGUUUUUCGCACGCAGCAGGGAGCUUUCAGGCACCAGCGAGGCCAGGAUAUCGCUGCAGCCCGGCAGUACCACCAAAACGCUAAUGCAGCAGCUCUUGUCACAGUACCCCCAAUUGGAGGAGCUGCAAGGAAAUUUCGUGUUUAGCCUGAACCAGGAGUACCUGGGGGUGGACGAGGAGCAGCAGUUGAAGUCUGGGGAUGAAGUCGCAGUGAUUCCGCCCAUCAGCGGCGGCUAG